CUGAGAGACAUGCUCACACCGUCCAUGUAGCUCAGGAGAAGUUAUCCCAGUUCGACACGUAGCACCAUCCUUGGUCGAAGUCUUUGGGAUUUGGUGGAAUUGUGAAUAUUACGCUACCGUGAGUUUAGAGCGAACGAUUUCUCGAGAUGAUACCGAGAACGGCGAGCCGGUGGCUGCUUUGUGUGGCGCUUACGGUCGCCCUGUGUCAAGGCCAGGAGGACUGGAUGCAGUGCUCGUCGACAUGCAAGUGCAAAUGGGUGUCCGGUAAGAAGACCGCCGAGUGCAUUAAGCAGAACCUCACGCAGGUGCCAGGAGAUCUUUCGCCCGAGAUCCAGAGUCUCGAUUUGACCGGCAAUCGCAUAACUCACCUCAUACGCGAUGCAUUCAGCCGCGUCAAUCUGGUUAAUCUGCAUAAGCUGUCGUUGCGCGAUUGCGGCAUCGAGGCGAUUAACAGGGACGCUUUCAGCGACUUGAAGAUCAUCAUCGAGAUCGAUCUGUCGGGCAAUAAUAUCCGCAAUCUGCAUCCAAGUGUCUUUUACGAAACCCAAAAGUUACGAGUGCUGCUACUCGAUCAGAACAAAUUGAGAAUGCUGGAUAACGGUUUGUUCUUCAAUCUCACUUUCCUGCAGAAAGUCACGUUGUCAGACAAUAGAUUAGAGCGCAUCGAGGAGCAGGCGUUUCGUAAUUUGCCAAAUUUGCAUUCCCUCGCGUUGGAUGGGAAUAAUUUCAGUACCCUGCAAUUGCAAAGCUUCGAGAGUCUGCCCAAGCUCGGCAGUCUCGAGCUCCAGAAUAAUCCAUGGAACUGCAACUGCCACCUCAAAAAGUUCCGCGAUUGGGCGAUCCAGCGCAAGUUGUACACACAGCCAACCACUUGCCAGCAACCGCCCCACAUGAUCGGCAAGAUGUGGGACGAAGUUAGUAGUGACGAUUUCGCGUGCAGACCGAAAAUCACCAACAUCGAGCCGUCGAACAAAAUCGAAACAGUCAAAGGAGAUGUAACAAUAUCGUGCAGGGCAACGGGAAUUCCACAUCCUGAGUUAUCAUGGACGUAUCGUAAUCGCCUUAUAACCAAUAGCACUAAACACGCAAACGAUAAAAAUUACAUAUUGUUGGCGAAUCAUGAUUGGUUAAAUCUCACUAUCAUCGAUGCGCUGCCUGCCGACAAAGGUGACUACGUUUGCCACGCGAAGAGUCCGGGCGGCGAAGCGGAGAAAAACGUGACUUUAUCCAUAAUAGGCGAUGCUCUAGGCGGCAGAGAGAACUUCAUCAGCCUGCCUCUCGCUAUCGGAUUAGGUGUCACCGCAUUGUGUCUGCUGAUCGUUACAGUAGUGCUCUGCGUGUGCUACUGUCGUCGUCGCCACACCAGGCAUGACGAGAAAGGCCUCGAAGCGGCGUCCCUGGAGCACCAUGGUCUCGGUGAACAGGAGAAAUCCCUGAUUACGACCAUUAACCCGGUCGUGAAGCCCCCGAGGCGCUACGAGGCACCGUCGGUGACAUCGCAUAGUACGGAGAUGACGGAGUUGAACCGCACGUUGCUCGACAACGACUCGGUUUUCGCUGACGGUGUCGGGAGCGGUGUCGUCGGCGGGGUAGGCGGCGGCGUAGGCGACGACGAGAAGGAGCACGAACGAGCCACACCGGAACUCGACAGGGGUGGCAACGGCGGCGGCGUCGGCGGCGGCAGUGGCACAUUGCCGCGCGGGGGUGCCGGUUACCACCACCGACAAUAUCCGCCGGACCUGCUGGCCUUCUCCGGCGGCCGCGGCGCAUCGCCAACAAGCCAGGCGUCAACAGCGCCUGACAGCACGCGUCUGCCUAGUCAGCAAAUGACACCGGCGGCGGCGGCGACAACGGCUGCGACGGCCUCAUCAUACGGCUCGCCGCCGUCAGGCCAGUACCAUCCGGCCGCCUUCAAGACGCUGCCACACAGCCGCAGCGCGACACCAUAUAGUCUCGGACCAUCAUCGUCAUCGUCACCGUUAGCGCCGGUAUUACCUCGUCACGGUUAUGUAACGAUUCCGCGACGACCGCGAGCGCCUAGCUGGAGCAGUGCUCCCCCGACAUCGCCCACCGACGCUCUCGAGCCUGUGUACGACAAUCUGGGGCUACGCACUACGGCAGAUGGUAGCUCGAUGUUGUCGCUGAAUAAGAGUCCGGAACCAGCCUCGUCUAUGAGGGGUCGACCGCUUCCGGGCACGCCGGGAGGUUCGCACUAUGGAUCGAUCCAACGUAGCACCCCAAAUAUCUUGACGAGUAAUCCAUUGGACAGAGUGGCGCCGGAAGGUGCAGCUGAAUGGCCGCUCAAAUUGACGGACGAGAGCAUGGACGGCGGUCAUCUGUUACUCACGCAGCAGCAACAGCAGCAACAGGCAGCCGCCAGCAACACUCUCAGUAGAAAGGUACCGCCGAGACCGCCGCCAAAACCCAAGAAGAAAUCCGCCAAUGGACCAACGUUGUAUGAGGAUGAGGGUGAGGAUGGCACGGAAGUAUGAUAUCAUGGGCAUCGUCCGCGAUGAGAGCGACUGGUCGUAGUACGCCAUGAUGGGGCGUGCGUGACCACACUUACAAUAAACCGGUAGUGCCUUUCAAGACGCGUGUCUCGCACGUGCGAGACUUCCACUCCAUUCAACGUUCAACGAGUUGCAGUCUGGAAAAUGAACAAAACGAGGAGACUCUUCUGGGAGAUUUUAGGAUGGACACGGGUGGUUCGCCGAAAUCGCUGACGAUAACGUUUUAGAGGAGGACACGCCGAUCGGACAUUCGUGUCACCUAUAUUCCCCUUCCUCAACUUUCCUUUCCUGUAAGUUAUCUUGUAAGUUAUUUAUUGAACAUUAUGGAGCACCUGGAGUAUCCGAAAUCAGCAAAUCGUGAUCUACAUGAAUUAUUUAUCGAAACGAUCCGAUCGUUCAAUGGAUCCUUUCUUGUCCCUCAUCUUCUCCUAUGUAUCUUUUUCUCUUUUUUUCCUCCCUUUUUUUAAUCAGGUUCCUUUAGCGUUUUAUUUGAUGCUCGUCACGCGCCGUGAGGUGAUAACGUGAUAAUGUGAAUAAGGUUGCGGACAUUGCUACCGGUAUUAGUUGAUAAGGCGAAACCUAUUCGCGUUUUGUGUGAAAUUUACGUGAGCACGAAGCAACUGGAAGUGCUAAACGCGAGUCAUUCCGCGAAGAGCGAUACCAGUGAAUUUGUCUUCUAUUCGUAUUAUCCCGCAGUGGGAAAUCGCGAGCGUAAUGGCGCGAUUCGUGUGUAUAGACGGAAGUGUUAAGGUUCAGGCAAGGCAACGUUUUGCACAUGUUACAUUUAUGCGGUAAACAUGAUGAGAAUUUAAUAUUGUUAAGAAUUUAUCUAGUUGUUAUACGCCUAUCGCGUUUUUCUUUUUUGACAUUGAAAUUCUGACGCCUGUAUCGAAUCGUACCAAGACUCGUUGCAUUCGCAAGCAACACGAACUCUCGUGCUAAACUUACGUCGAAAAUGGCGUAAUGAUCUGUGUCCCUUCUCCUUCAGUAAAUGCAUCGUUAGAUCGUGUUCGUACCCGUAAGGGUAACCCGUAUUCUCUCAGCGAUGUUUGCAUCUUAAAUCAUCGAUAAAUGUAUCAUUGCAAUGAUUGUAGCGGCAAAUUGACUAUCAGUAUCUCGCAAAUAUCGUUGAUCAGUCCCUUAUAGCACGAGGGUAGCAUGUACCUCUUUCCCUGAGAUAAAAACGUGAAAAGUGUAAAUUUUUCAUUAAAAUGGAGAAAUUUUUCAUUUUUCACGUUUCUGUUCUACGGAAAAAGUUACAUGAUCGUUACUCAGAACAUUCCAGCAACAUUGCAGCAAUAUUGCUAGAAUUCUCUGUGCUAUAUGGAAUACGGAAUGCCCUACUUAUGUAACGGUGCCACUUUGUAUUACGUUAAAUGGAUAAUAAUCUAUUACAGCGACUAUAAAUCUAUAUUAGAUGUAAGUGCUGCGAUGACACUCGACGCGUAUUCGAAGUUGUAAGAACAGAUUGCAACGUACGAUAAAAUGGUGUACAGUAUAAAUAUGUGACGAUUAUUUUUACCGAUGUUAAUUACACGAAUAUUGUGACCUUUGAAAUGCGUGUAAUUCAUUAUCAGAAUGACCGAGUGGUCAAAAUAACAGCGUAUUUUGUAAACGAGACUAAUUUGAUGUC